CAGGAGCCGCUGCUGAACAGUGCGACUAGUUCGUUUGCAAAUAAUCCGUUCGCAUCUCUUGUUGAUAAUUCAUCAAAUACAACAUCGCGAAGUCAACGUGCUGGAGUGGAGAAUGCAGAAGCACUGCCGAAUCCUUGGGGUGGUUCUUCGGGUGCCAGUCAACCUACGAACACAACGGGGAACACUGGCAGCACAGGCGGCGCAAAUACUAGUGAGACAGCACAGUCACCGAAUUUCAUGGCUGAUAUGUUGAACUCGCCGGGCAUUCAAAAUCUAACACGUCAACUAUUGUCCGAUCCAACACUGGCUCAGCAGCUACUAGGUGGUGAAACGAUGAGCAAUGUGGCACAAAUGCUGCAGCAAAAUCCGACGUUGAUUCAGCAGAUGCUCGCAUCGAAUCCAAUUUUUGCGAACAAUCCGGCAAUGCAACAACAAUUGCAAGCAAUGAUGCCACAGCUGAUCAAUUCGGUUUGUUUCAGAAAUAAUUUUUCAUUGAGUUGUUUUUUUUUGGUGAUCAUGUAA